AAGAACUGCCCGCAGCCGGCGCUUAAAGGGUCGGGAAUGGGGGUGCCGACACCGCCUAGUUUGCUUUGCGUUCACUGAAUCCCGGCCACCGCCGCGCUGUUGUCGCGGCCUCCACCCCCUCCCGUCCUCCGCCUGCUCGCACCGCCCCCCAGAGCCGGCUGGCCGGGACCGGAGCAGGGGCAGAGUUCUCGCCAUGCCGACCCGGCUGCUGCUACUGCUGCUGGCGCUUCUGCUGCCCGGCCCCAGGAGUUUCGGAAGCCCCAGCACAGUGACGCUUCCCGAGACCUUGUUGUUCGUGUCGACCCUGGACGGGAGUUUGCACGCUGUCAGCAAGAGGACAGGCUCGAUCAAGUGGACUUUAAAAGAAGAUCCAGUUCUGCAGGUCCCAACCCACGUGGAAGAGCCCGCCUUCCUCCCAGACCCCAACGACGGCAGCCUCUACACCCUCGGGGGCAAGAACAAUGAAGGCCUGACGAAACUUCCCUUUACCAUCCCGGAGUUGGUUCAGGCAUCCCCAUGCAGAAGUUCGGAUGGGAUUCUCUACAUGGGUAAAAAGCAGGACAUCUGGUACGUCAUCGACCUGCUGACCGGAGAGAAGCAGCAGACUUUGUCGUCGGCCUUCGCAGAUAGCCUCUGCCCUUCGACCUCUCUUCUGUAUCUUGGGCGAACAGAGUACACCAUCACCAUGUACGACACCAAGAGCCGAGAGCUCCGGUGGAACGCCACCUACUUCGACUACGCAGCCUCGCUGCCCGAGGACGACGUGGACUACAAGAUGUCCCACUUCGUGUCCAAUGGCGAUGGGCUGGUGGUGACUGUGGACAGCGAGUCUGGUGACGUCCUGUGGAUCCAGAACUAUGCGUCCCCCGUGGUGGCCUUUUACGUCUGGCAGCGGGAGGGCCUGCGGAAGGUGGUGCACGUCAACGUGGCAGUGGAGACCCUGCGCUACCUGACCUUCAUGUCUGGGGAGGUGGGGCGCAUCACCAAGUGGAAGUACCCCUUCCCCAAGGAGACGGAGGCCAAGAGCAAGCUGACGCCCACCCUAUAUGUUGGGAAAUACUCGACUAGCCUCUACGCCUCCCCCUCAAUGGUCCACGAGGGUGUUGCCGUUGUGCCCCGAGGCAGCACUCUUCCUUUGCUGGAAGGUCCCCAGACCGACGGUGUCACCAUUGGGGACAAAGGGGAGUGUGUGAUCACACCCAGCACGGACCUGAAGUUUAACCCUGGGCUCAAAGGAAAGAACAAGCUCAACUACUUGAGGAACUACUGGCUUCUGAUCGGGCACCACGAAACCCCACUGUCCGCGUCCACCAAGAUGCUGGAGAGAUUCCCCAACAACCUGCCCAAACACCGGGGAAACGUCAUUCCUGCGGACUCAGAGAAAAAGAGCUUUGAGGAAGUCAUCCACCUGGUUGAUCAGAAUCCAGAGAACGCGCCCACCACCGUUUCCCAGGACGUGGAGGAGAAGUUCGCUCACGCCCCUGCCAAGCCCGAGGCCCCCGUGGACUCCGUGCUCAAGGACAUAGCCACCAUCAUCCUGAGCACCGUCCUGCUCAUCGGCUGGGUGGCCUUCAUCAUCACCUACCCCCUGAGCAUGCAUCAGCAGCAGCAGCUCCAGCACCAGCAGUUCCAGAAGGAACUGGAGAGAAUCCAGCUCCUGCACCAGCAGCAGCUGCCCUUCCACGCACCUGGAGACGUGGCUCAGGACGCUGAGCCCCUGGACUCGUCCGGCCUGUACUCGGAGAGCUCGGGCACCAGCAGCCCCAGCAUGUCCCCCAGAGCCUCCAACCACUCGCUCCACUCCAGCAGCUCUGCCUCCAGGAUUGGCACCGGCCCCUUUCUGGAGCAGGAUGACGAGGACGAGGAAGCCAGCAUGGUGAUGGUGGGAAAAAUCUCCUUCUACCCCAAGGACGUCCUGGGCCACGGAGCCGAGGGCACCAUUGUGUACCGGGGCAUGUUCGACAACCGCGACGUGGCCGUCAAGAGGAUCCUCCCCGAGUGCUUCAGUUUCGCCGACCGCGAGGUCCAGCUACUGCGGGAGUCGGACGAGCACCCGAACGUGAUCCGGUACUUCUGCACCGAGAGGGACCGGCAGUUCCAGUACAUCGCCAUCGAGCUGUGUGCGGCCACGCUGCAGGAGUACGUGGAGCAGAAGGACUUCGCCCACCUCGGCCUGGAGCCCAUCACCUUGCUGCAGCAGACCACUUCGGGGCUGGCCCAUCUGCACUCACUCAACAUUGUCCACAGAGACCUGAAGCCCCACAACAUCCUCCUCUCCAUGCCCAAUGCACACGGCAAGAUCAAGGCCAUGAUCUCCGACUUUGGCCUCUGCAAGAAGCUGGCCGUGGGCAGGCACAGUUUCAGCCGCCGUUCGGGGGUGCCCGGCACAGAAGGCUGGAUCGCGCCGGAGAUGCUGAGUGAAGACUGCAAGGAGAACCCCACCUACACCGUGGACAUCUUCUCUGCGGGCUGUGUCUUUUACUACGUGAUCUCUGAGGGCAGCCACCCUUUUGGCAAGUCCCUGCAGCGGCAGGCCAACAUCCUCCUGGGCGCCUACAGCCUCGACUGCUUACAGCCCGAGAAGCACGAAGAUGUCAUUGCCCGGGAGUUAAUAGAGAAGAUGAUCGCGAUGGAUCCUCAGAAGCGCCCGUCGGCCAAGCACGUGCUGAAACACCCGUUCUUCUGGAGCCUGGAGAAGCAGCUCCAGUUCUUCCAGGACGUGAGUGACCGGAUAGAAAAGGAGUCCCUGGACGGCCCGAUCGUGAAGCAGCUGGAGAGAGGCGGGAAAGCUGUGGUGAAGAUGGACUGGCGGGAGAACAUCACCGUCCCCCUGCAGACAGAUCUGCGUAAAUUCAGAAGCUAUAAAGGCGGCUCCGUCAGAGACCUCCUCCGAGCCAUGAGAAAUAAGAAGCACCACUACCGGGAGCUCCCCGCGGAGGUGCGGGAGACGCUGGGCUCCCUGCCCGACGACUUCGUGCGCUACUUCACCUCGCGCUUCCCCCACCUGCUCUCCCACACCUACCGCGCCAUGGAGCUGUGCGGCCAGGAGAGGCUCUUCCAGCCCUACUACUUCCACCCGCCCCCGCCCCCGCCCCCGCCCCCGGAGCCUCAGCCCCCCAGGACUCCAGACGCCCUCUGAGCCGGGCGGCCCCUGCUCUGGGGGCCCCGCGGUGACUGAGGGCCUGACCCCACUCAGCAGGGAGACCAAUGCCUCCCAAGCCCAGUGCCUUGAGCUGCCUGCUCUGCAGCCAGCAGAGGAGGGUGCUGACCCCAGGAAGGUGGAGAGGCGGCCCCCCCAACCUGCAGGAAGCUGGGGAGAGGGCGGCUGCGAAAGCUUUCCCAUCAGGGCCUGUCCCAGAGGCGGCAGCAGGAGCGCCCUCCACCGCCUCCUGGACAAACUUGCUUCAGACUUCGUUUCUUUCUAAACUUCCGGUGUGAUGUCAGCCUGUGGGCCUUUAAGGAAGAGAGAGGAAGAAACCCCAAGCUCUGCCUGCGUGCUGUGACCUGGAACAUCUCUGUCCUCGACCAGCGCUCUGGGGCCCCCCCACCAGUGCAGCCUCUGCUGGAAACAGGGCUCGAGGGGUGAGCGGCACCACAGAGGAGGAGGAGGAGGACGCGCAGGGGCGUCAUCCCUGGGGACUGGAGAUCACUGAUCGCCGCGGACACAAGGGCGCCCAGAUAGCCCGGGUCACACUCUAACCGGUGUUUCCUCGGGGGUGGUGUUGGGACGGCCAGCACCGCACGCUGGGAGGCGAGGCCGUGUCCGCAGGUCUCGGGAGUGAGGAAGAGGCUCUGUUCUGAGGCAGCUGCAGCCCGGUGUGCCAGUGGCCUGACGGCGGCUUUUCGGUAGCUUUGUGCCUGGACCAUUUAGGGAGUUCAAGGGCAUUUGGGGGCAAGAAGUGAUAAUUCCCAGGCCAUCAAGGAACCCGGGCAGAGAUGGGCCUUCGGACCGGAGCGGCGCAUGGGCCUCACGGGUCGCCUGGCCACCCUGGGAGAGCCCGGGGCCAGAGGGCAGGUGGCGAUGCUUCUCUGUCCCUGGAGCCGGCAGGAUAGGCCAAGGGGGUAGGAGCCACGGCCAGGGUCUCCACGCACUUCGUGGGCGGGAUUUUAUGUUUUUCUUGGCAGAUUUUAAUAACUUUAUAUUUUGAUCAUACUGUAGAAUGCUACAUUAGCACAAGCAAACAGAACUGAACUUGAGGCUUACUCAUGAAGAAAAAAUGCAAUACAUCUAUUGUGUGAGGUACCCGAAGCCCCCGUCCCCCCACCAGAAAGAGUGUUCGUUCGUAGUCAGGGCAUUCUCUAAUGCUGAUGAGGAGUAAAGUGUCAUAGCAACUCUAGACACAUGCAUUAAACAGCUUCAAAGCAAUAGUCCCUAAAUUAUGUCAAUACCAUGUUAUUUUUUUUCCUCCUAAAUUUAAUAUAAUUUUUAAUUUUAGUUUAGUCAGGAAUUCUUAUCUUUUCUCUGCCGAGAGCCGUCGAGGUUGUGUGCAGUCGGGGCACCACGUCAGGGGACGUGUUCUGUGUGCGUUCUCCAGCCGGGCACGCGGUCCGCCGCGGUCCGGGCCUGGGGAGCUCGGUGUUGCCGCCAGGUUUGGCUGGCCGCAGGGGAGUCGCUGUUUCUCGUUGUGAGGUGUCUGCUGGGGGUGCACGUGUGUGGAGGCCACUCCUCGAAGGCUCUCAUUCUGCCUUUGUGGAAUUCAGUUCCCUUCCUCUCAUAACGUCUGAAGUCACUGUUUCUCUUAACUUAAUAGUAUCCCAUGUCCUUCAGCCUCCUUGGCUACCUCACUGAGACCCGGGAACCCCGGCAUCCUCGGGGGGCCUCAGGGUGCCCUGUGCCACACCAUCCCUUUUUCAGGGAAAGCCAGAUGGGUUUUGUCUCCCCCCUGUGAUUGGCCUGUGUCAGCUCCACGCUGCAGGCCACUUUGCCACCGGGCCUGAGUGGGGACAGCUCGAGUGACGGGGCAGGAAGGUGGCCGUGAGGGACUUCGUGGGACGGUCAGCUUUCCGUGCUGGAAGGGCUUCUGCUGCUGCAUCGCUGCCUCCUUCAUAGAGCAGCCAGGUCGUUGCGAGCUGCCCAGUACUUGUCAUCCCUCUGUUUUGGUCCGACUUGCCAGCAGGAAAACUAUUUUAAAAAAUGCAUUUUCUGCUCACCGUGUCCGUUUCUAACCACCCAACUUUCUCAAACUCACGUAUUCAAUGUGUUGUACCUGAGCACUUCCCACGUGGGCCAGGCGGAUACUGAGGCCUAGGGGCCCAGAGGCGGACAAGACAGGCAAACCCCUGCUGCCGGAAGAGCCUGCAGGGAGAGGCAACAAGGAGCAAGUGCCAGUUCCGUCCGGAAGUCCCGGGCUGGGGAGUGGCAGGCGUCCGGGGCGUGCACCUCUUCAGUCGUAAAGCUGCCCGAGUCCCAGGACCCACCAGGGCGAGUCAGGUCGCCUCUGUCCACCUUUUCUCCAUCACCGUGAAGACCCAGUCACUCAGCAGUCCUUCAGGGGGUCUGAAGAGGUCUCUCAGGGACUCUUGUCUUGGAAACACCUUGGGCACCCUCUGGGAUGUCCUGUUCCGGUCUCCAGAAUCAGGUUUCCUGUUGUGCAGCUGAGCUAUUUGACCUUUAAUAUGCUUCCCAGAAGGCUGUUGAACUUUUCAGAAGUACACAUUCUUUAUUUUCGUGACCAAGUUUGGUCGCAUCUGUUAGGAACCCCAAGGGCACUAUAAUUCAUUCAGGCCUUGUGUUGGACCUUGCAUUGAAUCAGUCUUUGGCACACCUGCCAGAAUUUCUCGUGUUGCUUCUUGAGUCUUUUCAACUUCUACAAAGACCUCCACACAUCACCAGGUGUCAGAGCAUCAGCGCUUUUGGGGAUCGACUGGUGGUACGUGACCAACCACUGACCCGUCUAGUGUCCGAGGCAGAAACCCCGGGUGCAGACGUGCCCUCCCCGCCCCUGAUCUCUGCCAUCGUCGUCCCAGGCUCCUCCUGGUGGGAUGCCACCUUGACCCGUUGCGUGCGUCAUGUCGGAAGAUCCACAGGUGUAGUGGGUCCAGCAAAGUGUUUUCUUCCCACCCAGAAAGGUUCUUAUCAGCAUUAACGCCAAUCCUUUCAGUAAGGUUAUGUGUGGAUGUGACUCAUUUAUCUCUGCAAUUUUCCCACUGCAGUCAAGAUGCGUUGGCUCCUGAUCUGUCCUCUCACAGGUGUGGGGGGCUUUGGGGUGGCCGGGCUUUCUCCGCCUGGCCACUCUCUUCUCAGAAGUCGGACUCUGGCCUGCUUUGGGUUUCCCACGCCUGUUCCCCUCCCCCAGCUCUGUCCACGGGGCCGCGGCCUUGACCGAGGUCCUCGCAGAAGGUGGGCCGGUCCCGCCACUGCCGGUGCCGGGGAGAGCUGGAAGAGAAAGCCUGGCACCCCUCUAAAGAGCCCCUUUAAAUUCGCUUUCUCUCUGCUCAUUUAGUUUCUGAAAUCCCUUUUCUUCCUACCUCUCAGCGUUUCUCUUGCCGGGCCACUCCGUCACCGCCCUGGAGUUGUCGUGUGGAGGAGUGUGACCUCGAGUGGGCCCUCCCUGGAAGGAAGGCACUGGGGGUCCCGUACAGAUGAGCCAAAUUUCUGCCUCCCAGGGUCGGACCAUUAUCUCUUAAACCAAAGUGUCUACUCCUCUGUCCUUUCUUUAUGAAACAGUGACUUCCCACGAGUGACUCUGGUUCUGACUUUUGUAGCAGCAUUGAAAUCUUUUCUGUAUUCAUUGGAAACCCACAAAGAACCAUCUGCAGGGAGCCCCCACUGGAGUGGCCUUAACUGACAGUUCCGGCCAGAGCCCCCCCCAACCCCGUGCUCUUCGUGUGUCUGGUGGGUGCAGUGUUCCUUUCCAAGUGUCCCAAAAGCUGUGACGGGUGUCCCCCCUUACCUAGCAUUACCAGUCAACUCUGCAGCAUUUUCAGAUGCAAACCUUAUGUAGUGUUCUUUUUGCAAUGCCCUAUUUAUUUAACCUAUUUAUAUUUAUUUAAUUUUUACUCUGAAGUAUAUGCAGUUACAAUUGCACUUGCUUUGAAGCACAGAAGAUUUGUUCUGGACAACACCCCUGACCAUUGUUAAACUGGAAAAGGAAAAGUUAUACUGUGCCCUUCCACAGGGCGGACUCCUUACGGUAGUUUUGUUAGUAAAGGGUGAAUAAUUUGGUCGUGGUAAAAAUGUUAAUUUUUAAGUGAUUUUUUUAAAAAAGAUUUCUGUGCCAUUGUGUCUGUUGCGUGUCUGGUUCAUUGUUAAAUGUGUUCGUUGUAUGACACAACCCUCUUUGUGGAGCCCAGAAUCCUCCUUUUUAGCUUUAUAUUUUAUAAACUGCCAGAUUGUACAAUUUUUAUGUGUAUUUUUAAAGCUUGAUGAUGUGAGGGUAAUUAUAUAAGUUAAAUGGCCUAUUUUUGUACCUCCUGUACAGUUUUAUAAUUCUGCUGAUUGAUGAUGGCGUCUUAUGUUGAGCCAACCACAAAUAAAGGUAGUUUUAGAUUUGGAA